AUGGGACAAACAAGUGGCAGUUACUUGAAAUCGAUGAAACAGUCAAAGAUUCGUAGCAAAGAUGAAACUAUUGAACAACUUGGACUCAUUCAACAAAUGUUGGUCGCUAAGACUGAAACGGUGGCUAAGAAAAUGAGAGACGAUGCCAAUGAAGACAAACGUUUUCCAGUAAAAGCAGUGGUUAAAACAGUAGGAAAACAGUUGAUCGGCACUGGAGACAAGGCAUCUGUUGAAGAAAUCCGAAUGUACGUACGUGAGGUCUGUCGUUCUGAAUUUGUCGAUGGUCUGAUAAAAAUGGCUUGGAGAGAUGUAAAUGAGCUACUUCAGAACACAACUGGGAAUGAAGCAGAGCGAAUGGCUUCUCAAUUGGUUAUAUCAAAUAGCAGUGUCCUUCGAGUAGACUACCAUGUCUAUAAAUUCGCCUUUAGCUCUAAAGGUUUGAGGGACAAGUUUGAAUGUGCCAUUUGUUAUGUAGUGCAGCUUGGAAUAUUGAACCUGGAGAAGGCUAAUUUAGACGAAGUCAAGGAAGAGCUUGCAAAAUGUAUAACAAACAUAGAAGAUGUUAAGUUUCUCCGAGAACUAAUACUCAUGGGUGACUUAUUCAGAGAAAUCACUCGCUUUCAAAUUGAUAGAGGCGGUGGCGAAGAGAACAGUGCCAACUAUGCGUGGGACGACAUUGUUCGUUACUUUACUGAUCUGUCAAUGUUUAGAAACUUUACGAAAUGGCGUGCUUUAACACGCUUAUCGUUUCAGUCAGUUUAGUUCACUUUUGCUAUCGGACGAUUCCAGCAGCUGAGGCAGAUUGAUACUGGUUUUACGGAACACCGAGACUGAGAUUGCAAAGUGAGCAGGAAACCUUGUAGUGCGGUGAUUAGUAAUCGGCUCCUGAUUAAUUGGAAUGUACUGAACUCUUCAUGAAACAGUCAUUGUCGCUUCGACAGACUGCUUAACUAACUCGUUAUUUAUAUCACUGUGCCUGUACAAACUAUAUUGAAUGAACUCUACAACACCAGUCGAAUCAGUCACUAAAUGCUCACGCCACAUUUCCAUUUUUGCACUAUCUGAAAGUCUGUUCAUGCAUGAACACUAAUAACUGUUUUUCAGAAACUAGUGUAAAAAAAAAAGACUGGCCUAAAGUUCAUUCAUACUUCUUCAUAUAGUGCCAUUGGAAGUAUGCUGAUUAUCCAUGGCGUUUCAGCAAAGCCCCUGAUGUUAAAUAAGGCGGCAUUAAAGUACAUAUUAAGCUAAUAGUCCUUUGUUUAUUUUUUAAUGUUUUUUAAACAGGUUUAAGUUAUUAACUCGCCGUGACGGUUUGCUUAUAAGAGAUUUGUUUUUCUUUACCUUUUUAGCGAGCUAGCAAAGGUCCAAAUUUUUCAAGGCAAUAUUAAUUAUCCAUUUCGUUUGAACAGUGAAAGUCUCACUGAUGUGAUCUAUCUUACUUCAAAUAAAUAA